UCCUCGGUGGCGGCAGCGGCGGCAGCGAGGAGGGCGGUGGCGAUGCUGUGGCAGCGGCUGGUGGCCACCGAGUGGGCAGAGCUGGCCUGGGAGCUGCUGGGCGCCUCGGUGCUGCUGCUCGCAGUUCGCUGGCUGGUGUGGCGGCUGGAGAGGCGGCCGCGGGGCCUGGGCCAGAACGCGUCCCCCACCCCGCCACCACACGCGACUGCGGACCGGGCACCCGACCCGAGUACGGCUCCUCCGAGUGAAAUGACAAUGGACGCCGUCCUAGCUCGAUUGAAACUCCUGAAUCCAGACGACCUUAGAAUGGAAAUUGUCAAAGCCGGAUUGAAGUGUGGACCCAUUACCUCCACUACAAGGUCCAUUUUUGAGAAGAAAUUGGCUCAGGCCCUGUUAGAGCAUGGAAGGACCCUGCCUUCACACCCUCCCACCCAGACCGCCGUGGGUGCCACAGCUCUCAGCCAGAACACACAGAGGCCUUUCAGGUCUGCCACGGGGAGCCCCUGUGAGCAGGUCAGCUUUUCUGAAGACAGAGAUUUUGGUUGUGGCGUGGGCUUGACUCCUCCGGGGGAAGACGACCUGAAGUCCAAGACCUGCUCAGUGUCCUUCGGUGCUGUGGCUGGGGUUGACGGCCCCCAGACCGUGGUGAGGGCCUCUGCUGAGCCUCCUCUGUACUAUGGGGUGUGUCCGGCCAGCGAGGAUGCCCCAGCGAGCAAUGAAAGGAUUCAUGUUUACCAAGAUAAAAAGGAAGCAUUGCAAGCUGUCAAAAUGAUCAAAGGAUCCCGGUUUAAAGCUUUUUCAAGCAGAGAAGAUGCUGAGAAAUUUGCUAGAGGAAUUUGUGAUUAUUUCCCUUCUCCAAGCAAAACUUCUCUACUUUCUCAUGUGAAAAUAGCAUCACUCUCUAGCAAUGGUGGGUUAAAAGAUGGCUUGAGCUUAUCUGAGUCAGAAACAGUGAACAGAGAACGAGCAAACAGUUAUAAAAACCCCCGUACGCAGGAUCUCACGUCCAAACUGCGAAAAGCCGUGGAGCAGGGUGACGAAGACACCUUCUCCAGCCUUGUCUGGAGUAACCCCCGGUAUCUGAUUGGGUCUGGGGACAACCCAACCAUUCUGCAGGAGGGUUGUAGGUACAAUGUCAUGCAUGUUGCUGCCAGAGAGAAUCGGGCUCCCAUCUGCCAGCUGACUCUUGAGACACUGGAGAACCCUGAGUUUAUGCAGCUCAUGUACCCCGAUGACCCCCCGGACAUGCUGCAGAAGCGCAUUUGUUACAUCCUCGACCUGUACCUGAAUACACCCGACAAGGUGGGCUACGACACACCAUUGCACUUUGCUUGUAAGUUUGGGAAUGCAGAUGUGGUCAGCGUGCUUUCUUCACACCCUUUGAUUGGCAGACGUCCACGGAAUAAAUGUGGUAAAACACCUGAAGAUGUUAUUUGUGAAAGAAGCAAAAAUAAAUCCAUGGAACUGAAGGAGCAGAUCAGAGAACAUUUAAAGGGUCACUACUACGUGCCACUCCUGAGAGCAGAGGACCUGUCGUCCCCAGUGAUCGGGGAGCUGUGGUCUUCAGACCAGACUGCCGAGGCCUUGCCCAUCAGCCAUGGUGGGAGCAGCCCCAGGGACCCUGUUCUGACCUUGAGAGCCUUCGCAGGACCCCUAAGUCCAGCCAAGGCAAAAGGUUUUCGCAGACUCUGGAAAACCCCACCUCGAGAGAAAGCAGGCUUCUUUCACAACGUCAAGAAGUCAGAUCCAGAAAGAGGCAUGGAGAGAGCGGGAAGGGAUCUGGCCCAUGACCUGGGGUACCCCUGGGUCGAGUACUGGGACUUCCUGGGCUGCUUUGUCGACCUGGCUUCCCAGGAGGGCCUGCAGAAAUUGGAGGAAUAUCUCACGCAGCAGGAAGUGGGCAGAGAGGCCCAACGAGACCCAGGAGAAGAUGAAGCCCGUGUUCUACAGAACCCCUCUGCCUUCGGCUGCCGUGGGACCCGCAGUGACUCCACCUCUGGGGGGGCCUUUCUGAGUGCAGACAACGUCCUGAGCUUGGAAGAGGUUAAAAAUCGGCAGAACACAGCUCGAAACAACAGCCAGCCCGCAGCUGAGGCUUUCGGAGACUUGGGGUGCAGCAUCCUUCCCUUGGAGCAGAGGGCCUGUCCCCCCAACAACAGGAAUGGGUGCUGCCGCCCCCUGAGUGGCGGCAAGAUCCCGGGUGGGAAGAGGACAGAGGCCGCUUGUGGGGAGGAAGCCCCCCCGUCACCUGUCUGCAGCUUGGCUGUGGAGUUCAAUAAGCUCCACGUGCAGAAUCUGGGAAGUGGCCCUUCCAAGACACCAAACAAAAGCACGGACACAGGAGAUGAGAAGAUGCUGACAUCAGGAGUGGAUGCAACGGGCAGUGACGUGUCAGAGCCUCCUGCUGCCCACAGACUCGGAAACAGCCAGGCGAGGACAGAAAGCGAGGUGUCAACAGGGAUGGCCAGCAUGUGCCUGGACCCCCACAGGCCUGGACACAAGGCCCAGCUCGGCUGCCCUUCUGCGUCCUCGGAGCCCACAGGGGUCCCCACCGCGGAGGAGCCUGUCCGGAGGCUCUUCCUGUUGGGAGAGGAGCCAUCUAAACUGGACCAGGAUGUUUUGGCAGCUCUGGAGUGUGCGGAUGUGGACCCUCGGCAGUACCCUGCCGUGCACAGGUGGAGGGGCGCUGUCCUGCACUACCCGCCCUCUGCCAGGCAGAGUUGGCCAAGUCCUGCGAUAAAAGGAAAGUUGACGUCUCAGCAGCUGGAUCUCAGUUGCCCUCCCAGCUGCAGCCCAGGGAGAAGUGGUCCCUCAGGAGGCAGCCCCAGGAAGCCGGGACCGGCCCCCUACUCCCCCCGCCUGGGCAGCCCUGGGCGCUACAGCCCUGCCAACGAGGGCCACUUCCGCAGGAUGGUGCGCUCGGCCCAGCUCGAGUCCUUGUAGGGCCGGGCUCACUGUGCGCUUGCUUCAUUUUUAAAGGAAGAAGGAUAACGUGUUUGUUGCUAAAAUUCACAAAAAAGGAUAUAUUGAUUAAUUUAUUAAUCCUCAUUUUGAGAGUAAAAGUAUUUUAGAAAAUGCUAAUGUUCUGUAUAAAAUUUAUACUUCUGGUACUUUGGGAGAAGUUGAUGAAAGCACACUCAGGUACCAGUAUUGUGGAGUCUGUCAGUGUGGUAGUGACCCAGACCUGGGUCACUGUCCUGGUUGCAUGUGUGACUGCCUGGGAGCCACGGCCACCUGUGCUCCCACAGACCACCACCCGAGCCUGGAGGUGGGGUCGGCCGCACCAGGAGCAGCCCCGGGCUGGAGCCACCGCACUGCAGCUCCAUCCUGGACACGAAGGUGAGUCGUGUCCGCCUUCCUUUCCUGGGAGCGGCGUUACCUUUGGGUUCCCCUCGGUUGGACAGAUAAAGCUUCUUUCUCGGACACAACCAGUGGCCCUGGGAGGCCUGUGUGUGCCGCGCAGGGCUGGGCAGCAGUCCUGGGCAGUGCGCUCUGCCCCAGCUCAGAGCCCGCCUGCUCGCCGUUGGUUGCCAGUGCGAUGGGGCAGGGCACGCAGUCCGUUGUUUCCUGGCUUUGAAGUGACCUCAUGUUUCAGAAUUUACUUAGAAUAGUUUGGAACUUACUCCAGUUGGAUUACUGUUACAGAAGCAUCACAUUUUAGUUCGGAAACUGGAGGUUGACUUUUGAGGAAUAUGAGACUGGUUCAGUUAUUUGAGGGUGGUUUACUCGGGCCCCGCCCCCCGGGUCUCAGUGCAGAGUGUGGGGAGUCACGCUCCCAGUGCCACUCCAGACGCCCAAGGGCGGACACCACAGUGACGGAUGACUGCUCACAGAGCUGCAUUCUGUGAACGUCCAGGGUGGGGACCAACUGAAAACUCUGCCAGCGCUUUUGCUAACUUCAGUGCCUUUUGUAAAUGAUUUUUUAUUUUCUUGAACUUGAUUUUUGAGAAUGUACAGUGAUGCUAAGUAGGCAUGAGAUUCUUUUUCAUUCAUAAAAACAGCUGUAUCUUUCAAAUCAAGGUGUAGAUUUAAAAUUUCUAAUGGUUACACAAGGUGUUUUCACAGGUAGCGUCACCAACAGUCUGCGUAAGACAAAAAAUGGUGUUCUGCUGUAAACUCCAGCAGCAUUUUAAAUGGCAUCUUUGUUCUCAAAAGAAAUCCGAGUAGACACAUUCACAGUGCUGAUUGUCUUUUCUAGACUCUUCACCUUACUGCCCUGUGUGUUGCUGUAAAUAUUCAGAUGGAAAUUAAAGUAGCGUUCUGCCCUGAU